UUUUUCCUUCGUGGAGACAGGGUUAAAAAAAAAGUAAAAAUAAAGAGAAAGAUUGACGACAAACCAAGUGGAGAACGAAUAGAGAAGGAAUCGAGCAAGAUGACUAUGAAAGGAAGAAGCGCAUACCAGAAUUUGUGCGGUAUUCAGUCAGAGUCGACAACCGUCCUGCAUUUAUUGCUGCAGAAUAUGACUUCAAGCUGCACCUCUUUAUGUAUAGCGAUUGUCCCCGAAUGCUUGACCAUCAAGAUGAUCACAGCCAGUCUUUGUUCCGCUUCUCUUUAAGAGACUUGAUGGAAAGGGUUUUAGUGUCGGUUCUAGCUUCC